AUGUAUUCUGGGGCCAGCGUGCACGCUCAGCAGCUCCUAGUGGAGCAGCUGGAGCUGGAAGGCGACUUGGAGAGAAUGGAGGUCUCUCAGGCAGCUGCAGAGCUUCAACAGCACUGUGUGCCGAAUGCCUGCAAGGACUGCCUGCUGGUUGGGGUAUCAGACGGAAGCAGCUCCUUUCGGGAGCCCAUAUCCUGCACUUUACUUUGA